AUGAAGUUUUCACAUUCGUUGAAAUUCAAUGCUGUACCCGAGUGGCAGGAUCAUUACUUGAAUUAUCCAGCACUCAAAAAAGUCAUUUACUUGGCAGAGCAAAAUCAGUUGGACAAUCAUGAACCCAGCGAUGGCUCUGUUCUGGUUAAUCGCGCCUUGAUCUCGGACUUGGUGAGAAUUGUUCGUAGAAACCAGGCCUUAUUAGACAAGAGGGAAACGGAUGCUGCCGCUGCUGCCGAGUUGACUGAUGAUGAUGAAGUUGCGGUUGAAAAAUUAUCUGCUUCUAAAAUCAUCAAUAAAUUCAAGAAUAGAAAAGCGAGCAAAUCUGUCGAUACCGAGAAAGAAGUCACUCACGAUCUUAGUAAGACUGGCGAUGUCGAUGUCUACCUGCUUGAUCUUGAGAACUCUACAAUUGCAGCCUCUUUGGAAUUAGAUGUUUGGGAGGCAGCUGCUAGAACUGUUCACUGCAACAGUCCGAAUGACCCUUUGCCCAUUUUUACCAAAGAUUUGAUUGAAGAAUUGACGAAGAUCGAUAAGUUCUUCAAAAGUAAGGAGGCCGAAAUUUACAAACAAUACGACAAUCUCAUGAAGGACUUGGAAGCAAACAAGUCUCAUAUAGACAACCACCUUUUCACCCAGGCAUAUAGCGCCCAAGAGCCAGGGGUGUACGAAUCGAACGAACACCGUCAUUUCAACAUGAAGUCCACACUCGAGAGAACCACUACCAAUGCCUCAGUUUUUGACACUGUGAACCAUUUGGACCAGGAUAUUGAAAAGGGCUACAUUGACGAGGAAGAUGAAGAAGAUGACGAUGAUGACGAUGAUGAUCAUCACUCGGCAUUCAAUUCCGCCUUGUUGGGGAAGGAUGACUUCGAUAUCGACAAACAGAAGCGCAUUGCCUUGAAACAGAGAUCUGUUCAUUUGUUCAUCUCGUUAAGUGAGCUCAAAUCUUUCAUCGAGUUGAAUAAAAUUGGGCUCACGAAAAUUUGCAAGAAGUUCGACAAGACUUGCAACUACGCUGUCAAGGAGGACUUUGUUAAUAAUUUUCUUCCUAACAACUCCAGGGCAUUUUUUCCAGAAACCUCUGAAAAACUCGAUUAUCGUAUAGAUCACAUGGUUCAGGUGUACGCUUUUUUGUCCGGUAGAUACAUUGCGGAAUCUCCCCAAUCUUUGGACACUGUCCGUGACGAGUUGAAGUCUUACUUGAGGGAUCAUAUUGUCUGGGAAAGAAACACCGUCUGGAAAGACUUGUUGUCUUUGGAAAAGAAAAACUACAACUUGCAUCUUGACGAAAAUGCGGUUAGAUCAAGCAAAAUGGGAGACGAAGGAUUUUUGACUACUUUGAUGCAUAUGCAAUUGAAGACUAUUCAUUUGCCCUUUGGCAUGACUAUUUUUGGCCGCGACCAAUUCCAGGCUCCCCAAUUCUUGUUCACUUCUCAAAUGAUCAAGAUUACUCUCGUUAUCAUUGUUUUCAUUGUGCUCAUGACUGUUUCAACCAUGAAUGACAAGGAAGAAGCUAGAUGCUUGGCGGUUUUGGCCACAGUUGCGUUGUCUUGGGCUACUGAGGCGUUACCUUUAUACAUAACCGCGAUGAUGGUCCCAUUAUUGGUGGUCUCAUGCAAGGUUUUGAAGGCCACAGAUGGGGAUGGAGCAAUGGAUGCUGCGUCGGCCUCACUGUAUAUUUUGGGACAAAUGUGGUCCUCAACUAUUAUGGUGUUGUUAGCAGGUUUCACCUUGGCUGCCGCAUUGUCCAAAUACAAUGUUGCGAAAGUGGUCUCAUCAUUCAUGUUAGCGAUUGCCGGAACUAAACCCCGAAACGUGUUGUUGGCCAUCAUGUCUGUUGCAUUGUUCUUGUCUAUGUGGAUCUCUAAUGUUGCAGCACCUGUCUUGGCCUACUCCUUGAUUCAACCUGUGUUGAGAACAUUGCCUACCGAGUCUCCAUUUGCUCAGGCUUUGGUUCUUGGUAUUGCAUUUGCUUCCAACAUUGGAGGUAUGGCGUCUCCUAUUGCCUCGCCACAAAACAUCAUUGCCAUUGAAUACAUGUCGCCUAACCCGGGUUGGGGCAAGUGGUUUGCGGUUGCCAUUCCAGUGUCCAUAUGCUCCUUGCUAGGAAUAUGGAUGGAAUUGAUCCUUACAUUCAAGAUUUCAACUUCUAAGGUCAAAGCUUACAAGCCAAUCACUGAUAAACUCACAACCAAACAAAUUUUUGUUAGUGUUGUCACCAUCGCAACAAUUAUUUUGUGGUGUAUCGAGUCGCAAAUCGAAGACACUUUUGGAUCUUCUGGUAUCAUUGCCGUAUUCCCUAUUGUGAUCUUGUUUGGAACUGGUAUUUUAAAGGUAGACGACAUUAACAACUUCCCCUGGAGUGUUAUUCUUUUGGCAAUGGGAGGUCUUGCCUUAGGAAAGGCAGUUACAAGUUCUGGCUUGUUGGCCACGAUCGCCACGGCUUUACAAGAGAAGGUGAUGGAUCUUGGUACAUUCGCCAUUUUGGUAAUCUUCGGUCUUUUGAUCUUGGUAGUGGCUACCUUUGUUUCUCAUACAGUCGCAACUAUCAUUAUUGUGCCAUUGGUGAAAGAGGUGGGAGACGCUAUGAGCGACCCACAUCCAUUGCUUUUGAUUAUGGGCACUGCAUUGAUUGCGUCCGGUGCUAUGGCCUUGCCAACCUCCGGCUUUCCUAAUGUGACCGCCAUUAGUAUGACUGAUGAAGUAGGAAAGAGGUAUCUUUCUGUCAGCACAUUCAUUACCAGAGGUAUACCAGCCUCUGUCAUUGCAUACAUUUUCAUUAUUACCGUCGGUUACGGUGUUAUGAGUGCAUUGUCUUUUUAA